AAAAAGAGACUGGUUGUAUUAACAGAGCAGUCUUCAAGGAACUGCACUACAUCUGAUUCCCCUGCCUCAGCAUUAUUUUGGCAAUACUGAAACACAUUAAUGAAUAUUCAAGCUUUGUGAUAACAUGAUCUUUCAACCAUUUCCAGAUGCUUUCUUUCCUGCACCCUGACAUUCCCUUUCUGCACUGGUCUUUGAAAUGAGGAAGCAGUUUUGUGUCUUCUGAAAUUUUCCUGAUGGGUGCCAUGAACAGGACCAGAUUCCCUGGCCUGGAUGAGGUCCCUCCAGGUUUCUCCACGAAUAAGUCAUUCUUUUUCAACAAUUCAACUAAUGCAUUGCCUCCAUUUUUGGAAGAGCCUUGUAACGUCUCACCCGGGGUCACUGUCUUCCUGGUGGCCUCCUAUUGCAGUGUCAUGGCUGUGGGGCUGGUGGGAAAUGUGUGCUUGAUUUGUGUUAUAGCCAAGCAGAAAGAGAAGGCCAAUGUCACCAGUAUCUUCAUUGCCAACCUCUCAUUCUCAGACAUCAUGGUGUGUGCAUUCUGUUUGCCCUUCACAGUGGUCUACACCCUAAUGGACUACUGGAUUUUCGGCGAGGUCCUCUGUAAGAUGAUGCCGUUUGUGCAGUGCAUGUCUGUGACUGUCUCCAUCCUGUCCCUUGUUCUAAUCGCUUUGGAGCGGCACCAGCUCAUCAUAAACCCGGCUGGCUGGAAGCCCACAGUGCCUCAAGCGUACCUUGCUGUCGUCAUCAUAUGGAUGCUCGCUUGCUUCAUUUCAUUGCCAUUCUUGGCCUUCCACAUUUUGACCGAUGAGCCCUUCAAGAUGCUGUCGCUUCUCACUGCCUCUUUGGAAGACAAGGCAGUUUGCAAGGAAAACUGGCCCUCCCAUCAGCAAAAGCUGAUCUACACUAUGUGGCUACUGGUCUUUCAGUACUGUGCCCCUCUGCUCUUCAUCCUGGUGUGCUACGUGAGGAUCUAUGCCCGUCUACGUAAGCGCAAGGACAUGCUGGACAGAACCUGUGAAGACAACCGACGUAUGACCCACAGCAAGAGGAUAAAUGUCAUGCUGGUGUCUCUGGUCACUGUCUUUGCAGUGUGCUGGCUGCCUCUCAACACAUUCAACAUGGUGGCAGAUUGGAACUAUGAGGCGGUCAUGUACUGCCACCACGACCUCAUCUUCUCCCUCUGCCACCUGAUGGCCAUGGUUUCUACUUGUGUGAACCCCAUCAUCUAUGGCUUCCUGAACAACAACUUCAAAAAGGAGGUGAAAUCAGUAGUGCUGCACUGCAAGUGUAGCCCUGUGGAAGAGGACUAUGAGCACUUUCCCCUGUCCACCAUGCACACAGAGGUGUCCAAGACAUCACUGAGGCUGAGCUGUAGGAGUAACUCUGUGUAGAACACUGGGUUGCCUUCAGUCAGACCAAGCGUGAAGCCCCAGAUAUAAUAUGAGUUAUAAUAUAUAAAGCAUCAGUUUACCAGGGAACUGACGCACUCUGCUUGUAAGUGCUGGGUUAAGGCUGAGAAAUGUACAAUAUUAUUGUCUACAAAAAAGCAUUUUUAACAGGAUAAAAACAACCUCGAAACCAUUAAUCCCACAGUGGAUUUUACUCAGCUUACUCAGAAAAGAAUUGGCUCAAAUUUGUUUUGAAGAAAAUAGGUAUUGUAUACAGAAUAUGUAAUGUGAAAAGUUAGCAGCUUACGACAGUUUAGUAUUUUAGUGUCAUUGAGUAAAGUGCCAGUCAGUAAUACAAUUAACAUCCUGCUGAAAGCUCUUAUUAAAUUCCUGACUGAUUAUGGAUUGUAUGCCCAUUCCUUUUGUGAUUUAAAUGAGUGGUUUGCACCACUACACUGCCUUACUUCUGCCGAUUCUCAGACGUCGUGAGGGGGUAUUUACCAUAAGUUAUCAUUUUUAGUGCUCUAAGUCAUAGAGCCAUUAUUGAUCGAAAUAUUGAUAUUUCUUCCUGAGAACAGCUAAAUUGCCAUAUGCAAGGGAAAUUAAUGCAAUAGAGCUCCACAAAUGGUUCAUUUUAAAGGUUGGGCCUAGAAUCCAGGCCCAACCUGGUUUGAGUCUGAGCUUUGCCAGUUAUCACAUGGUUUCGAUGGGCCAGAGUAUUCUGGACCUGCCAUGUGUUACAUGUGUCACUGUUAGUGAGCCCUGCUGGUGCUUGUGAGCCUGCAGUGCCGUCACUGAGAGCUGCAGCGCUCCUCCACAGACACACCCCUGCAGACACUAAUAGGCUCUGAUGACAAAGGGAUGUAGGGGGUUUACUUCUAGAAAUAACAUCACACUCCACAGAAAGCAAAACAUGAAGAAGAAAUAAGGAGGACGUGAUCAAUCCUAGUGAUUGAGGGAGGCAGUUGCGUAGGUGGCCUUCCUUGGAUUUUUGCACAAGUCCAGAUAGUAUUAGCGAUGGUAACAGGUGGAAAAUUCUCACAAAGUCCCACAAAGAUGUCACUAAAGCAAGUGGGUACAAGGAUGUGGGUAUAUUAAGAAAAAUGUUAAAAAAAUAAUGAAUGCAGCACCAGACCCACAUACUCCUUCAAGUUCAGUGAAUAUCCCUGAAACACCUCUUUUCUGCACAAUGCUCACAACUGCAUCUUAGGAAUCAUUUCAAAGUCUUUAUUUUUUCAGGAAUAUUAAGUGUCAAUUACCUUUAUCAUUUAAGUGGAGUAAUUAUUUGCACUAUUUUUUGUCUUAUUUUAUGCUUUAUUGUUCAGCAAGAACACAAAACUGUAUUGUGUAGAAUAUUGAAUUCAGUCCUAUUACAAAUACAACAUGGCAGCUGACUGCGUUUAUUUUAAUUUACUCAUUCACAGUAACAGAAACGGAAUGAAAUACAUAGCAUUAUAUCAUUAUAUGAGUAUAUUAUCCAUCUGGGAUAGACAAAAAUGGUAUUCUGAAUAUUGAAUGUUCCUUUUAUUCCAUAAGUUAGAAAAAGAUCUAUCACUUGGGAAACACAUCAGAAGUUUUGCUUUUUAUAAAUAACCUUUGGUAGGAGCAAGGCUAUUACUUUGCCAAAAACAACAAUAGCGUGUUAAGAUAAUACAGAAACCCAAAACAAAACUAGUUCUUGCAUGUACUAGUAUUUACACAAGCAGAACAAUUUCACAGUAUGACUCACACCAAUUCUAGGUCUGCACAAAAAGCAGGGCUUUCUAGGAUGCAUGACUAAAUUAAAUGUCUUGUAUUCUGGAUUUGAUCCAAUCUUGGUGUCCAUAACUGCAACAAACAUUACAAACUAAGUACCACGUUAGACACCUUUUGCAUCAUAACAUAAGAAAUGCAAGGACUUAAUACAUAAUCAGUUUUAAAAUUGUGGAAUGGAAAUGCUUAUUUUUUUAUGUCCAGUGCUUUAAUAUGGAAUACAUGU